CGCCUGCUCGGACAAGGAGAUGAGCAAGGCCCGAGAACUCGCUUUUGAGCAGAGGGUUUUCCCUUCCUCUCCUUCUCCCCCCCUCUGUCCGCCGUCGUCUUUUUGCCAUCCCGUGCCUAAACUAGAUAUUAGAGAAUAGAUAGAUAGACGUUCAAGUGAUCCCACCAUCAUGGCCCCUCAACUCCACCGCGACCCCCCAUUUCGUGCUGAGCACCUCGGUUCCCUCCUGCGGACGGAGCAGCUCUUGAGCACCAAGACGGCCUUCGAGAAGGGCGAGAUCCCCGAGUCUGAGCUGCUUGCUAUUGAGAACAAGGAUGUCAAGGAGGUUGCAGAGACGCAGAAGAAGCUGGGCUAUGCUGCCAUCUCGGACGGAGAGUACCGCAGACACAUGUUCUGGGGCUCCUUCUUCCCUGGCCUGGAAGGAUUCGAGGAGGUUCACGACAUCAACCCCGAUGUCUUCCGCCCCUACGCCCCCGAUGUUGCUGCGUUCCUCGAGGCGGGCCACAAGCCUGGUGAGAGUGUCAUCUGCACCGGCAAGAUCAAGCACGUUGGCAGCACCUAUGUCAAGGAGUUCAAGUAUUUGGCCAGCGUCGUUGCUCCGGAGGAGGUCAAGAACCUGAAGAUCACCCUGGCCGCUCCCAACUGGUACCACUUGCGCUACAAGGAGGGCAAGGCCUACCCCAAGGAUGUGUACAGCUCCGACGAGGAGUACUAUGGCGACAUCGCCAAGGCGGUGCAGGCUGAGCUGCAGGAGCUGUAUGACGUUGGCUGCAGAAACGUCCAGUUUGACGACCCCAACCUUGCCUGUAAGUCUGAGAUGCCCCUCCAAAACCUCCAUCCUAACCGAUUUGCAGACUUCUGCUCCGAGAAGAUGCUGGCUGGCUGGGAGGCGGAUCCCCUGAAUGUGCGCUCGGCCGACGAAACCUUCGAGCAGUACAUCAAACUGUACAACGACAGCAUCUCCAAGCGCCCCGCCGAUAUGCACGUCGGCGUGCACCUGUGCCGUGGCAACUUCGUCGGCAGCCGUCACUUCUCCGAGGGUGGCUACGACCGCAUUGCCACCAAGCUCUUCAAGGAACUCCACGUGGACACCUACUACCUGGAGUACGACACGGCUCGCGCGGGCGGGUUCGAGCCCCUGAAGGAGCUCCCCACGAACAAGAACGUGAUCCUGGGCGUGGUGACCAGCAAGUUCGCCCAGCUCGAGGACAAGGAGGAGAUGAAGAAGCGGGUGUACGACGCGGCCAAGUUCAUCGCCGAGGGCAACAACAUCACGCUCGAGCAGGCGCUCGACCAGGUCGGCGUCAGCCCGCAGUGCGGCUUUGCCAGCCACCGCGAGGGCAACGCGAUCGACCGCGACAGCAUGAUCGCCAAGCUGAAGCUUGUGCGCGAGAUCGCCAACGAUAUCUGGCCCGGCCAGCUGUAAGAUACCCGACUUCCCUCCUUUGGAUUCAACAACGAGCGGGUAUGUGAACGAUGUGACGA